AUGGAGGACGCAUUGGAUCCCCCAGAGGGCACCGCGUCCAUCAAGGACUUGACCCCAGAGGAGGCGAGCCGCAUAAUCCAUUCACACCGCAAGGUGCGAUACGGUGAAGCUACGAGCGUUGACGAAAACGACGCACCAGAGCCCGUAAGGUAUCUGGGGCAGAACAGCAUCCCCGUUUUGCUCAGGGAGCAACCUGGAUCGACUAAUGGGGGCGAUGUGAGCGACUUUCGACAAGACAUGCGGCCCAUACUCGGCCUCGAUACGUCGGCACCAUUUCCCUUGAUGUCGACGAAACACCUUGACCGACUCACGCAGGAGAUUACCUCCGAGCUCCCCUCUGACAGAGAAGUAAUGAAACUCUUCAGAACCUACAAAGAGGUGACACAACCAUUCUGGGGAUUCGUUAUUGAUCUCGACGAGUUCGAGUCCAAGUUGAUGGCAUACUUGGAAGAACGAGCCCGACCGACAUAUGAUUCUAUUCAAGUUCUACUCCUGACAAGUUUCGUCUUGCUCAACGACAUGAAGGCGGAGGCUUCUUGGGCCAUCCUUGGCCUAACUUGCCGCCUUGCCCAGUCUCUGGGACUUCAUCGGCCGGCACCCCACGACGGAAAAGAACUCACUACACCUGAGGCCAAGGCGAAAGAAGUGAUUCGAAGGAAACUACGGCUUUCUCCCGAUCUCAUAGCAGGUGCGACCUACGAUCAAAUUAUAGAUAUUUGCGACUCAGUGAGAGAACUCGGAACAAAAGUCGUACCGCAAAUCCAAUUCAAGGACAAGUGCCGUACUGUCAAGGACAGACUACAACAUUUUGCCAUUCAACUGCAUCUUGCGUUCACCAUAUCCGUCGCUUGCCGACCUGCGCUGCGCCGAGACUGUCCUUUCGAUGAAUCGCAAAAAGCCUUUAUCGCCGACGAGUGCAAGACCAAUCUUAUUACGACGGUUAAGAUGUUCCUCUCGAUGCAUCAACUCUCUGUUAUCCCAACGCGUAGUUGGGCGUUUACGUAUAACGGACUUUCUUCGGCGCUGCUCCUCGGCAUCCUCGUCGACACCAAGCAGGACCCGGAGAUUCGCCAACUUCAAGGCGAUUUAAUCGCAGCUCUAUCGGCGACGGCGGCGAAGGAGCAGCCCUCGCCUUCGGGGGGUGUCAAGAAGACGGAUAAGGAUAUCGAAUUAUCGGGUCCUUUGUGGAGGGCCCUGAUGGCUUUAAAGAAUAUGUAUAAGCACGGUUCUAUCACGGGCACUUCCGUGAAAAGAGAGGGUGUAGAAAACACUCCCAGCACCCUCACCGAACCUGUGGCUCCCGCCCAGCCCUUCACUGCUCCAUCCCUUAACGCGAACAUCGAAGACGCGCAGUACCGCCCGCCGCCUCUCGCGGGUAUCGAUCCGGCACACCAGGAUGCUGCGCGUACGAUGGCGGAGAUGCAACAGCGCGGCGCGCCAAUUCCCGACUACACUAGCCUAUCGCCGACUCAGCCGGUAUCCGGUGUGAAUCUAGACAAUAUAGUUGGCAUGGAUCCCACCCCUUACAUGUCUCCGCUAGACCUCUACGACUCUAUCUGGUGGGAAUCCCCCGAACCAUGGAACAAUAAUAAUACUGGAUUUGAUGCUAUGAACUUUGAAUUCAUGGCGCAACCGCCACCUGGACAGCAGCAGCCGCCGCAAUCCGGGUUUUACUUCUAA